GGAUGGUGCACACCUGUAAUUCCACCACCUUAGAGACUGAAGUAGGACUGUGAGUUUGAAGCCAGCAUGGGUUACCUAGCAAGACCUAAUCUCUGAAACCAGAGCCAAGCUGGGCCUAGUGGUGCAGGGCUGUAAUCCCAGCUACCCAGGAGGCUGAGGCAGGAGGAUUGCAAAUUCAAGGCAAGCCUGGGUAGCUUAGAGAGACUGUCUUGAGAAAUAGCUCAGUGAUAGAGUAUUUCUCUGCUAUGUGUGAGGCUCUGUGUUCAACACUUAGUUUUGCAGGAAAAAUUAUACUCCGAUCUCUGAAGAGUAUUCACUAUUGUAUCUGAUCCUCUUGUGGUAUAAACAUCAUUCUAAUUUUGGAGACUAUUUUAAAAUCCCGUGCUCUUAGCUUUGCGGAAUCUUCGGGAAGGCCACUGUCCUUUGUAUCACCGAGUUUAUUACUGUCAGCUCACCAAGCCAGGGCCUCAAAGCUUGGUGGGGAGAGGGUGAACAGAAGAGGUCAGGCCAGACGCUGGGCUGCUGGCCAGAACCCUGGUUUUGUGAGUGGCCAGAGCUAGACUCUGCUCCAGACCACAGGGGCUAAAGGGGCGGGUUGGGAGUGUGCAUGUGGCUUGGUGCUCUUGGCUUCCUCAAGCCUCUAUGUGCUGUAUAUGUGGCUUCAGCUGUGUUGAUAAAACAGCAGCUGCUCAGGCAAGGAGAGGACACCCGGGGUAGCCCCAGAGGCUACCCUCUCCUUUCUGGGUCUGGUUUUUGUUCUUUUCCUUCUUGUGAUAGUGGAGGAACAACAGGCUUUUCGGUUUAUGACACCAGAUGUCACGUGGUGUUCUCCAGAUGCUAAAGCAAGGUUGAGCGUUGUAAGUGACUGACGUCAGGGAGGCUAGAAUGCCUUUCUUCCUUUGUUUCCCAUGGGAACUGGGUCUUAGGAAUGAGAAGUCCGCACGUAAAACCUGGACAAGUGACGGACGGGCUGACCUAGAAGAACCCUGGCUUCCUCUUCCUGCCUUCUAACCUAGGGCCCUUCCUCCUGAGACCUUGGAGAGAUGAGAGGUGCCUGGGAUUGGGAAUACUGUGAGGGUCUGGGAAAUCAAAGUAGGCAUCUCUCUUGACACUCCCCGGGUAGUUAGCUGGUUUCUUAGGGCAUACAUAAUCCCUCCUCCCCCAACCUUGCCUGUAUUAGGGCACCGCUUGAGGAGUUCUAAAAACAGUACUGGGGUCUGAAUGCAACAAGCAGAGAUUGUGACUUAGCUGGCAUGGAAUGGAACCUGACUGUUCUAAAGGUACAAUACUUGACAAAGUUUGAGAACUAAACCAACCCUCCGUUUUCCUAUCUUAUCUGAAGUCAGGGGCACCUUCAACAAAUGCGGUCAGCUGCCCAGUGGUUCAGUAGGGGACCUGAGGCUGCGUGGACGGCUGGGAGGGGAAGAGCCUGAGCACCUUCAGGCCUGCAGUCCCGGGGAGGACAGGCCUUCACGAGAGGUAUAAGGAAUGCAGCUUCAGGUUUUGUCCUAGGAAUCUUACUCUGGUACUCUCCUCUCAAGUUCCAGACGGGACAGGAAGUGUCCGGAGGAGGUGGAAGUGAUUGGCAGUUGGAGGCUCCAAUGGGCCGAGAGCCCCCUCAGUACACCUCUCUCGUUCUAUUGGCGCCUGGAGGAGCCGCCCAGACUUGAGGGAGCCCAGCGCAGGAGGGAGUAGUGGCCGGGGCAGAGGGCGAGGGUGGAGGGCGCUGGCGGCGGUAGCCGCGGAAGAUGAGCAGCAGCUGCUCAGGGCUGAGCAGGGUCCUGGUGGCCGUGGCUACAGCCCUGGUGUCUUCCUCCUCCCCCUGCCCCCAAGCCUGGGGUCCUCCAGGAAUGCCCUCCACAGGGGUCCAGUAUGGGCAGCUUGGCAGGUCCGUGAUGCUGUGCUGUCCUGGAGUGAACGCGGGGACGCCAGUGUCCUGGUUUCGGGAUGGGGAGUUAAGGCUGCUUCAGGGACCUGACUCUGGACUAGGACACAGACUGUUCUUGGCCCACGUGGACAGCACUGACGAGGGCACUUACAUCUGCCAGACCGUGGAUGGUGUAUUUGGGGGCAUGGUGACCCUGAAGCUGGGCUUUCCCCCAGCUCGUCCCGAGGUUUCCUGCCAAGCAGUCGACUAUGAAAACUUCUCCUGUACUUGGAGUCCUGGCCAGGUCAGCGGUUUGCCCACCCGCUACCUUACUUCCUACAGGAAGAAGAUCCUACCAGGAACUGAGAAUGAGAGGGAAAGUUCAUCCACAGGGCCUUGGCCAUGCCCACAGGACCCUCUAGAGGCUUUCCGAUGUGUGGUCCAUGGGGCAGAGUUCUGGAGUGAGUACCGGAUCAAUGUGACUGAGGUGAACCCACUGGGUGCCAGCUCAUGCCUACUGGACGUGAGAUUACAGAGCAUCUUGCGUCCCGAUCCACCCCAGGGACUGCGGGUGGAAUCAGUACCUGGUUACCCAAGACGCCUGCAUGCAAGCUGGACAUACCCUGCUUCCUGGCGCCGCCAACCCCACUUCCUGCUCAGGUUCCGGCUACAAUAUCGUCCAGUGCAGCAUCCAGCCUGGUCCACGGUCGAGCCAAUUGGCUUGGAGGAGGUGAUAACGGAUGCCGUGGCUGGGCUGCCCCAUGCGGUACGAGUCAGUGCCAGGGACUUUCUGGAUGCUGGCACCUGGAGUGCCUGGAGCCCAGAGGCCUGGGGUACUCCUAGCACUGGUCCCCUGAAGAAUGAGAUGUCUGAUGGGAACAAACAGCAGCAAGAGGCAGUAGGUCAGGAGGACGGUCCCACCCCUCCAAGGCCAUCCUUGCAGCCAGACCCAAGACCGCUCGAUCACAGAGACCCCUUGGAGCAAGUGGCUGUGUUAGCAUCUUUGGGAAUCUUUUCUUUCCUUGGCCUGGCUGUUGGAGCCCUGGCACUGGGGCUCUGGCUGAGGCUGAGACGGGGUGGGAAGGAUGGACCUCAAAAACCUGGGUUCUUGGCACCAAUGAUUCCAGUGGACAGGCUUCCAGGCAUUCCAAACCUGCAGAGGACCCAGGAGAACUUCAGCUGAUUCCACCUGUAACCCUGUCCAGCUGGGGUGGUUAAAUGGACAGGUAGAAAAGGAGGCAGAGCAGUGUGGAUCUCUAUGGAUGGAGGUCUCAGUUGGAAGUCUGAAGCUCUUUUCUUUGAGACUCUAUACUCCAAGCUUGCUGCCAGCUGAAUGCUGCCUGGACUUCUGAUGUCAUCCUUGAGGUGGAAGUUCACCCGAGGAGUGCGUAGAGAUGUGCAUGUCUGUGUCCACCUGUGACUGUGCAUACGUGAGAUAAGGAACAGACAUUCUCUGUAUGUGUGUAUAUAGAUGCUCGGAGACUGUGUGCAGACCUUGGCCUUGGCCCUUGUGGGGACUGUGAAGAGUUGAAAUAAAGAGACUGAAGAAGUUUUUGGA